UGCUUGGCUCUCUGGUGCACAGGUCUCCUGGCAGUGCCAGCGAGGAGCAUAAAUCGGCGCUCGCUCCCACAGCGUCCUAUAAGUGCUCUGCCUUCUUUCUUUUUCCUAGUCGGCAAGGCACAGAUUACCAACGAUUAUUUUCUCACCAAUCUUUGGAUCGAAAUUGCGUCGGGUAACAACAAGGGAUGCUCGCAGAGCACAGGGAGAACAGCAGGGCUGGCUUCGGCCUCAAGAAGCCUCUGAAAAUGAAUAUGGUGAAGAGGAUCAUGGGGAGGCCACGGCAGGAGGAGUGCAGCCCACAGGACAACGCGCUGGGACUCAUGCACCUGCGCCGUCUCUUCUCCGAGCUCUGCCACCCACCGCGCCAUAUGACACAAAAAGAGCAGGAGGAGAAGCUCUACAUGAUGCUGCCUGUUUUCAACCGGGUGUUUGGGAAUGCUCCACCAAACACGAUGAAUGAGAAGUUUUCAGACCUGCUGCAGUUCACCACUCAAGUGUCCAGGCUGAUGGUGACUGAGAUCAGACGGAGAGCGUCCAAUAAAUCAACAGAGGCGGCCAGCAGAGCCAUUGUGCAGUUUUUGGAGGUAAAUCAGAGCGAGGAGGCGAGCCGGGGCUGGAUGCUCCUGACCACCAUCAACCUGUUGGCUUCCUCAGGACAGAAAACAGUGGACUGUAUGACCACCAUGUCGGUGCCCUCCACACUGGUGAAGUGUCUAUAUUUGUUUUUUGACCUGCCCCACAUGCCCGAGGUUCCUGCUGCCACCCAGACUGAGCUUCCUCUGGCGGACCGCAGAGCUCUUCUACAGAAAGUCUUUGUCCAGAUCCUUGUGAAGCUGUGCAGCUACGUGUCUCCAGCAGAAGAGCUGGCCCAGAAGGAUGAUCUACAGCUGCUCUUCAGUGCCAUCACCUCCUGGUGUCCCCCCCACAACCUUCCCUGGAGGAAAAGCGCCGGAGAAGUGCUUACCACCAUCUCCCGACAUGGGCUCAGCGUUAACGUCGUCAAGUACAUCCACGAGAAAGAGUGCUUGUCAACGUGCAUCCAGAACAUGCAGCAGUCAGAUGACCUCUCUCCUCUGGAGAUUGUGGAGAUGUUUGCUGGGCUCUCCUGUUUUUUGAAGGAUUCGAGUGAUGUCUCUCAGGCACUCCUGGAUGACUUCCGCAUGUGUCAGGGCUACACCUUCCUCGUAGAUCUUAUGAUCAGGUUGGAGCAGGCCAAAGAGGAUGAAUCCAAAGAUGCUCUAAAGGACCUGGUGAACCUGGUGACCGCUCUGACUACAUAUGGUGUCAGCGAGCUGAAGCCAGCUGGUCUCACCACCGGAGCACCCUUCCUGCUUCCAGGUUUUGUGGUUCCACAGCCUUCUGGGAAAGGCCACACGGUCAGAAACAUCCAGGCUUUCUCUGUGCUUCAGAAUGCCUUCUUGAAGGCCAAGAGUGGUCGAUUAGCACGUAUGAUCCUUGAAGCCAUUGCCAACAUAUACGCCGCCGACUAUGCCAACUAUUUCAUCUUAGAGGCACAGCAUACGCUGUCGCAGUUUGCAGAGCGAGUAGCAAAGCUACCGGAGGUGCAGUCCAAGUACUUUGAGCUACUGGAGUUUGUUGUCUUCGGUCUUAAUUACGUACCAUGCAAAGAGCUUUUUAGCGUUAGCGUGCUGUUAAAGUCAAGUACUUCUUACGGAUGCAGCAUCACAGCCACUCGCACUCUUCUCAAACUCGGGCGCCACCACCCUGUCUUCAGUGAGGUCUUCCGUGAAGUUGGACUGCUGGAAGUGUUAGUUAACCUGCUCCACAAAUAUGCAGCACUGUUGAAAGACCCAACGCAAGCCCAUGACGAGCAGGGUGAUGCCAAGAACAAUGUGGCUGAAGAGCAAAAACAGCUUGCCUGGCUUGUCAUGGAGACACUCACAGUCCUCUUGCAAGGCUCGAACACAAAUGCAGGAUUGUUCCGUGAGUUUGGCGGAGCCAGGUGUGUGCACAACAUUGUGAAGUACCGUCAGUGUCGUGAGCACGCUCUGAUGAUCAUUCAACAGCUGGUGCUGUCGUCAUCUGGAGAUGAUGACAUGGGUACUCUGCUCGGCCUUAUGCACUCCGCACCUUCAGCAGAACUACAGCUCAAAACUGACAUUCUGCGGGCUCGCUCUGCUCCUCAGCAUGCUCUGGACCUGCAGCUGGCGGUUGCUAACAUCCUGCAGCUGCUAGUGCAUUCAGAGAGGAACCAGCAGAUCCUGUGUGAGGCGGGUCUGCACUCACGUUUGCUUCAGCGCUGUAGCUGCGCUUUGGGAGACGAAGAUCACCCACUCCACCCACCUCUGCAGAGGAUGUUUGAGCGACUGGCCUCCCAGGCCCUAGAGCCGAUGGUGCUCAGGGAAUUUUUACGACUUGGGAAUCCUCUGAAUUGCGGUGCCUGGGACAAAAAGCUCCUGAAGCAGUAUCGGGUCCACAAGCCUAGCUCCCUAAGCUAUGAAGCUGAAAUGCGCAUGAAAGAAGGGACAUUACUUCAGGCUUCACUGACUGUGGUCUUUGGUGAAAUGCCAUCAAUCACCAUCAGAAUCAAACAAAACAUUCUCCUUUCGCCCUCCACGGCUCUGCCAGCAAAGAGACGUUCAAUUGGACAGGGUUUUCAUGCUCUGGACCUGCAGCUGGCGGUUGCUAACAUCCUGCAGCUGCUAGUGCAUUCAGAGAGGAACCAGCAGAUCCUGUGUGAGGCGGGUCUGCACUCACGUUUGCUUCAGCGCUGUAGCUGCGCUUUGGGAGACGAAGAUCACCCACUCCACCCACCUCUGCAGAGGAUGUUUGAGCGACUGGCCUCCCAGGCCCUAGAGCCGAUGGUGCUCAGGGAAUUUUUACGACUUGGGAAUCCUCUGAAUUGCGGUGCCUGGGACAAAAAGCUCCUGAAGCAGUAUCGGGUCCACAAGCCUAGCUCCCUAAGCUAUGAAGCUGAAAUGCGCAACAGCAUGACUCUGUCCAUGGAGGGUUUUGGGCCGGAUAGCGUGUUCACGAUUAACGAGGACAACAGCCAGUACCGGAUCAGCCGAAGUCUGGUGCGAUCGGCUGAGGGCAGCACUGUGCCCCUCACCCGAGUCAAGUGCCUGGUCUCCAUGACAACGCCCCAUGACAUCCAUCUCCACGGAUCGUCCGUCACGCCCGCCUUCGUGGAGUUUGACACGUCAUUAGAGGGAUUCGGCUGUUUGUUUUUGCCCAGUUUGGCCCCUCACAACGUGCUGUCCAGUAAUGCUAACACAUCUGGAGUCAGUGACGGGGCAGUGGUCAGCGGCAUGGGAAAUGAUCAAGCCUAA